CGCAGGCGCCGUUGGGCUGCUUAACGGGCGGGAGGCGUGGCAGGCACGAGGCGAGGGGCGUGGCGAAGCGCGGGGCGUGGCCCGGUAUAAAUAGCCGCGCCCGGCCGUGCCGCCGCCAUUCUGAGGGCUGGUGGAGGUUUGGUUGGUCUUGAGAGACGCCGUCGCCUUUACCACGAGAGAAAAAAACCAAUACAAACAUUACAAAAUACAAUACAAAACGCGAACAAAACAACAAAAAAUAUAUAUAUACAACAAAGAGGGGAAGGAAAAAAGCAGGUUUUCUCUCCCCCUUUGCCGUGAAGAGCCGCCGCAGCCUCUCCGUCCUUUGGACCGUCCUUGGAAGCCGUUCCAAACCCGAAGGAAACUGCCACUUUAAAAAACAUACUUCCCUCUUCUUUCCCCCAAAAAAACAAAGGCAAAACCCACUUUUUUUUCGAGCAGAAAAAAAAAAAACCCAAGCAACUUUUUUUUUUUAAAUAACAAAUUUUUUUUUUGUUGUUUUCAGUUUAGCUCGAUCCACUCCUUUAGGGCUUUAAAAAACAAACAAAACCCAAGGGAAAAAAAACCCUUUAAAAAAAAAAACCCAAAAAACCGUCAAGCUGCUAAAAAAAAGUUGCUGCGUUUUUUUUAAAGCCAUGAUUAAAAUCAAACGAAUUUUUUGGCUCUAACACCACCUCCAAAUGCCAAAAUCCAAACCUUGAAGCGCUGUCGGCUGAGAAAAAAAAUUGGAUAGCCGUUCCUGCCAUGGGCUCCGGCCCCAUCGACCCCAAGGAGCUCCUCAAGGGCCUCGAUUGUUUCCUGGGCCGGGAUGGGGAGGUCAAAACCAUGGAUGGCAUCUCCAAAAUCUUCAGCCUCAUGAAGGACUCGCAGAAGAUGGUGAGCCGCUGCAUUUACCUGAACAUCCUCCUGCAGACCCGGGCCCAGGACAUCCUCAACAAGUUCAUCCGGAUCGGGGGCUACAAGCUGCUCAACACGUGGCUGACGGGCUCCAAGGCCGCCAACAACGUGCCCUUCCUGCAGCAGCUGCUGCUCACCCUGCAGCACCUCCCGCUCACCGUCGACCACCUCAAGCAGAACAACACGGCCAAGCUGGUGAAGCAGCUCAGCAAGUCCAGCGACGAUGAGGAGCUCCGCCGCCUGGCCUCCAUCCUGGUCAGCGACUGGAUGGGGGUGAUCCGCUCCCAGAGCAGCUCCCAACCCACAGAACGGGAUAAAAAGAAGAGGAAAGAGGAAAACAAAAGCAAAACCCCCGUCCCGGAGAAGCCCCAGGAGACCAAAAACGAAGCCAAAAGUGAGGAAAUCCCUGAAAAGAAACGGGAAAAACCCAAAUCCCUGCGGACCACGGCCCCCAGCCACGCCAAGUUCCGCUCCACAGGGCUGGAGCUGGAGACGCCGUCGCUGGCGCCGGUGAAGAAACUGAACUCGGCCUCGUCCGACAAAUACAGCCUGAAACCCGUCCCGGUCAAGAGGCAGAGCGCCCCGACAGCUCCCGGGGAGGCUCCUCUGGCAGAGAAGAAAUACAAACCCCUAAACACAGCCCCAAACGCAGCCAAGGAGAUCAAAGUGAAGAUCAUCCCCCCACAGCCCAUGGAAGGUCUCGGGUUCCUGGACGCCCUGAACUCUGCACCCGUCCCCGGAAUCAAAAUCAAAAAGAAGAAGAAAGUUCUGUCCCCAACGGCAGCCAAGCCCAGCCCCUUCGAGGGGAAGCCGGCGCCGGAGCCCAGCACGGCCAAACCCUCGUCCCCAGAGCCGGCGGCCGCGGAGCCCAUGGACACGGAUCGGCCGGGGACGCCGGUGCCGGCCAUCGAGGUGCCCGAGCCCAUGGACACCGGCUCGUCGGAGGCGGGGGGUGACCCCAAGGCCAGCGAUGUCCCCUCUGAUGGGGGCCCAGCCCCGCGCAGGCCUCGCAAGAAGAAAUCGGUGUCGUGGCCCGAGGAGGGGCGGCUGCGCGAGUACUUCUACUUCGAGCUGGACGAGACCGAGCGAGUGAACGUGAACAAGAUCAAGGACUUUGGCGAGGCGGCCAAGCGGGAGAUGCUGAAGGACCGGCACGCCUUCGAGACGGCGCGGCGCCUCAGCCACGACUCCAUGGAGGAGAAGGUGCCCUGGGCCUACCCCAAGGCCCUGGAGCUGCCGGCGCCGCUCGUCAUCCCCGGCAGCGGCAGCCGCGAGCGCUUCACGCAGGCCGAGCGCGUCAAGGGCAUCCUGCAGGAGAUCUUCCUCUCCAAGGAGAGCAUUCCCGACAGCCCCCACGAGCCCGACCCGGAAUCCUACGAGCCGCUCCCACCCAAACUCAUCCCCUUGGACGAGGACUGCUCGGGCGAGGACGGGGCCUAUCCCGAGGGGCUGGAUCCCGGCAACUCCGCGGCGUCCCCGGAGCCGGGGGCGGGGGCCAAGCUGCCCCCGGUCCUUGCCAACCUCAUGGGCAGCGUCGGGGCCGGCAAGGGCCCCCCAGGACCCCCCCAAAACGCCCCCAUCAACAUGCAGGAGAUCCUCAGCUCCAUCAUGGGCGGCCCCAGCAGCCACAAGGCCGAGGAGCUGCUGAAGCAGCCGGACUACUCGGACAAGAUCAAACACCUGCUGGGCAACCUGGGCAGCCAGCCGCCGGGGGGGCCCGGGGGAGUUCCCCACGGGCUGCUGGGCCCCGGCCCCAUGAACGGCUUCCCCCCCCCCAAGAUGCAGCACUUCCCCCCGGGGGGGCCCAUGCCGGGUCCCCACGGCGGCGGCGGCGGGGGAGGGGGUCCCGGCCUCCCCCCGGGGCUCCCGGGGGGUCCCCGCAUGUUGGGCCCCCCUCCCCCCCAGCGCGGCGGCGAUUUCUGGGGGGAGGGGCCCGACGGGGGUGGGGGAGGGGGCGGCCUCCGCGGGGGCCCGGGGCCGCCCCCUCCCCCGUUCCACCGCCCCCCGCCCCGGGGGGGUCGCGGCGGCGCCGAGCCCCCCCCUCCCCCCCCUUACCGCUGCCGGGGCGGGGGAGGGGGAGGGGGCAGGAGCGGGGGACCCCCCCCCAAUGGCGGCGGCGGCGGGGGGGGGUCUCGGGGGGGCCCUCCCCCACCCCCCGGCGGGCACGGCGAGCACGGCAGAGACCACCCGCCCCCCCGGGGCCACGGCGGGGGCCACGGCGGAGACAUGUCGAGCCGCGCCGUGUGCCGCCACUUCAUGCUCAAGGGCAGCUGCAGGUACGAGAACAACUGUGCCUUCUACCACCCCGGCGUCAACGGGCCCCCCCUGCCCUGAAACCCCCCAAAAACACCCCAAAAAAAACCCCAAAUCCACCCCAAAACCCCCCCCGGUUAUGGCUUCUGUGAGGCCUCGGAGGGGGAGAACGGGGCAGAAAAAAAAAGGGGGAAAAAAAUCAAAUUAUUGUUGGGGUGUGGUGGUGGUGGUGGGGAUUGGGGAGUGGAAAAUUGGGGUAAAAAUGGAAAAUUGUGGGGAAAAAUUGGAAAUUUUGGGGGAAAAAUUAGAAAUUUGGGGCAAAAAUUGGAGAGUUGGGGUAGGAAUUAGAGGUUUGGGGUAAAAAUUGGAAAAUUCGGGGUAAAAAUUAGAAAAUUUUGGGCAAAAAAAUGGAAAUUUGGAGUAGAAAUUGAAAAUUUGGGGUAGGAAUUGAAAAUUUGGGGUAGGAAUUGGAGAUUUUGGGUGAAAAUUGGAGAUUGAGGGGGGACAAUGCUCCUUUAUGGGGUGGAAAUUGGAAUUUUUGGGGGAGGAAUCGUCAGUUUUGGGUCAAAAACUUGAAUUUAAGGGGUGGCAACGCCUCUUUAAGGGGCAGAAAUGUGAAAUUUUGGAGAGGAAAUGUGAAUUUUGGGAGAGAAAUUAAAUUUUUGGGUUGGGAAUUGUUCCUUAAGGGGCAGAAAUUGAAAUUUAGGGGGGAAAAAUUGGAAGUUAGGGGGGAAAAA